UGCAAACAAUUGUUGGGAAAAUUACUUGUGUCAUGCACAAAGUAGAUUUCCUAACCUACUUGCCAAAUAUAUAGUUUGUUAACAAGAAAUUUGUGGAGUGGUUGAAACACUUAGGUUGGAGUCAUUAAAACUAAUUUAUGUAAACUUCCGACUUCAACUGUACAUGACCCUAAGCAUGAUGGGACGUUAAUUGCUUAAUUAACUCAGGAACCACACCGGUGUGGUAGCAGCACCUGCUUUCAAUAUACUUUAUAUCCCUCCAUUUCCUCCCGUGUUUCCAUGGUUUCGGAAGUUACCUGUUUGUGUAAACAAAGGAACAGUAGGUUAUAAGGGACUUUUAACCAAUGGUGGCCUUUGAACCAAUAAGAACAGAGAAAGACGAGAUACAAACUAAUGAGUUGAAUAUCUUGACAAUUUGACAUGUUCAAGACACACUCUGAAAUGCCUUAAGCUUUUGCACACUAUAACUGCCCUGUCGAUCUCUCUGUCUUUAGAACAGGCUCUAUUUACCCUAGUAAUAAAGGAGAUACCCUAAAAUCAUACUUUCCACAAAGGCUUAAUCAUUAUUAAUAGUCCUAGUUAAGGUGUCUAUCAAUGUGGUUAGUACAACUGAUAGAACAGUCAGCUUACAACAGAAUGUUCUUAUUUUUAUUUUAUAGAAAAGAGGACAUAUGCUGUAUUUCAUGGACAAAUCUAUUUAUCAUUGUGUCCAGUCAUUUCUAUGCUGUAUUUGAGUUGCUUGGCUAUAUUUUUGUUUGUUUGUUUGUUUUCAUAAACAUUCUGCUUUAAAAAACAACAACCUUGCUUUCAAUCUAUACCUAGAUAUAAAAUUGUGUUUAAAUCAUUGACUUUGCACUGAAAUGUUCAGAAAUUAGUUGUAUUCGUUUUGUGGGGGAAACUAACAAGAAAAUAACUUCCGUUUCUUGUCAUGAUACGGUCAGAAUGUUUGAGAAAUCUAUUCUAUUCUCUGUAUAUUCUAAAUCUAUUCUAUUCUCUGUAUAUUCUAAAUCUAUUCUAUUCUCUGUAUAUUCUAAAUCUAUUCUAUUCUCUGUAUAUUCUAAAUAUAUUAUCUCUUCUUUGAGAGAGAUUGUUCAUGGUUGAAAAGGUGGAAAAAAAAGUGGUCUUGUUGGAAAAACUCACAUUGAGAGAACUCUCCAAAGCCUGUAUAGUUUACAUAAAUGUCCAUCUUGUAAUUUGUAUUUGUUUUCUUUGGGAGUGUGUUUUUGAUUUGAUUAUGAAUUAAAGAUGGCAACAACCUAAUCUUGUUCCUGUUUUAGGCCUACUUCUGUGUAUGCCAUAUAGGGCUAGAUUUCAGUUAUCCACCCUUUCCUUACCUCAGAGAAAAGUCAGGAAAGCAAAUAUCUUUUAUCUAACCUCUUGUCUCUCAAUGUAAAUGUUUAUUGAAUUGACCCAGUUGGCUAAAAAUAAUUUAGAAAAUGCACUUUUGACACAGGCAGGGUAUAUCCUAGGCCCAGGGCUGUCUCUGGGCCUACACUUUGCACCUUUUUAAAUACGGAACUCUCAAUAAAUCCUGAUCAGAUUAAUCAAUAUAAUCGUACAAAUCAUGUUAGGGAGCAAUUUCCCAAAUGGGUUUUUAAGUUGGUGUUGAGCAGCAUGUUCUCAAUGACAGAUAAUCCAAAAUGUGAUCAGACAUCCUGAAUACAGAAGCUAUUUAACUAGGAUCAGACAUAAUAAGAUCAAGCUAUGACGUUUGGGCUUUGAUUGAGAUGGGAUACAGAUAGCAAAGGACCUUUUUUUCUGUAGUUUCUUGGUCAUAUGGUGGAGAGAGUGCGUUUUAAAUUCAGCACCAUGGACAGCACCACUGCCGUCGGCACACCUUGGCGCUUCGGCCCGACUUUGAACUCUACUUCUCCGGGAUUCAAAUCUAGUACUGUGGCGCCAACGAUUUUUCCACGGGCAGGCUACAGCAUCCUCUCCUAUCUUAUGUUCAUCAAUGCAAUUUUCUCUGUUUUUAACAAUACUCUGGUAAUAACGGUGUUGGUGAAGAAUCGUACUCUCCUCAACCCAAUGAAUGUGAUCAUCCUCAGUUUAGCUGUGUCCGAUUUGAUGAUAGCCUUGUGCGGUUCGUCGAUCGUCACCAUUACCAACUAUCAUGGUUCAUUCUUUCUUGGCGACGAGUUCUGCAUCUUUCAAGGAUUUGCUGUCAACUAUUUCGGUCUGGUGUCUAUGUGCACGUUAACACUGCUGGCGUACGAGCGCUACAUCGUGGUGUGUAAGCCCAUGGCAGGCUUCAAGAUGAACGUACGUCGGAGCUUUCAGGGGCUCCUGGGGGUCUGGCUGUUCUGUUUGUUCUGGGCCGUGCCCCCACUGCUGGGUUGGAGCUCCUAUGGACCCGAGGGCGUCCAGACCUCCUGCUCUCUGGGCUGGGAGGAGAGGUCCUGGAGUAACUAUAGUUACCUGAUCCUGUACACGCUGUUCUGCUUCCUCCUGCCUGUCGCAAUCAUCAUCUACUGUUACGCCAAUGUCCUCACCUCCAUGAGACAGCUUAACCGUAGUACGGAGUUGCAGGGCGGUCGUCCCUGUCUGCAGGACAACGAGCGGGCGGUAAGGAUAGUGCUGGCCAUGAUCGGGGCCUUCUUUGUCUGCUGGCUGCCCUACACAGCCCUGUCCGUGGUGGUUGUGGUGGACCCAGAGCUCCACAUCCCUCCGCUGGUGGCUACCAUGCCUAUGUACUUCGCCAAGACCAGUCCUGUCUACAACCCCAUCAUCUACUUCCUAAGCAACAGGCAGUUCCGUGAUGCCACUCUGGAAGUCCUCUCCUGUGGGCGCUACAUUUCCCACGACCCGGCCACCGACACCGUCCCCAUGCGCUCCAUGACCCUGAGGACCACGGUGGGCAGAAGACAACAAGGGAUCAGUGCACACAGCAGGGUGCUUCCUCUGUGACUCCUCUCUCCUCCAUCUCCUAAAUCUUCAUCUCCUCUCUCCUCCAUCUCCUAAAUCUUCAUCUCCU